ACACACUUUAGACAAGAAAGUCUUAUGGAGAGAGCGCAAACAAAAUUUCAGUGGUUUGCGUCUCUACUAAAUGUUACUCUGGCGUCCGAUAUGGGGCGCUGUUGCUAAUUAAAAUUGCACAGUGAGCAAUACGCAUGUCGAUUUUGGUUGAUGAAUCAUUUUAAACAAGCCAAUUUGGAGAAAGUUCUACUGAACGGUAUUUUGUCUUUUCGUCUUGUGAUUUCGUUUUGUGAUUUCCCAAAGAGGAACAGCUGCUGAAAAAAUGGAUUGAAAAUGUCAACGCGCCUCUUUUUAGUUCCAUGGAAUCAAGCGAAAUCUAUAAAAAAUAUGUGUGUGAUAGACAUUUUUCUACCGAUUUCAAAGUUCCUGGAACAAGACGGGGACUUCGUAGAGAUGCUUUUCCGAAUAUUUGUUUAUCAGCAGUUGUCCUACAAGGGAAAGAGAAAGAUGACGUCCAUUUGACGUCAAUGGUUGAAGAAGCAGCCUCAGUAACUAGUGAUUUUAUUCAAUCACCAGUAAUCCCAAAUGUAGAAGAUGAAACUUGUUUCAUUCAGCAACAGCUAAGAAACCAGAAACUUAAACCCAAAAGUCGCAGAUUUACGUUAAAAGAGAAAUUAUUGUCUCUAACACUUUUUAAGGCCAGUGCGAAAGCAUACCGCUUAUUAUCCAAGAUUUUUUGUUUGCCGUCAACUGGGACAUUAAUUAAUUUAUUAAAUAAAAUUCCACUCCGCCCUGGCUUGAAUAAACGCCUAAUGGACAGUUUCAAGCAGUCAGUGGCAAAAUUAAAAGAAAACGAUGAACAAGAUGAAGGUGUCAUUGAUGGCGCAAGUGUUCAGUUUUAAAGUGGGAUCCUUGAUGAAACGCAUUUCACAAUGGGGUCUUCAGUGUGACAACAGCUUACCUGCUGAAGCAGUGCAAACUGCAGAUUUCAUCUUGUUUAUGGAUAUGUUAUUUGACAGCCUCAAUGUUAAUGCAAAACAAGCGCCAGUAAGUAAACCAUUUAAAGGAGGGGUUUCGACUGAUUCUGGACAUAAAAAGUGGUGGGAAGAAUCUGUGAAAGUAAUUAAAUCAAUGCGUUUUUGGAAUAGUAAAAAGGGCAUAUAUGUAAAAGUCCCAUCGACCAAAAAUUUAGUUAAAACAAUUGAAGGUUUCUUGUAUUUACGAACAAGAUUGUUGACGCGAGUAAAGUACUUUUUGCCACGUGCUUUGAAUCAAGAACACAGAUUUGUGAUCUUGAAAUGUUAUAUUAUGUUGAUAUAGUUCAAAAGAAAAAUAUAUUUGUAAUCAAAGUAUCGACGCGGCGGCACUGGAUCGAGCGUCUGAAACAUCAUUCCGCCCGUUGAUAAUAAGACAAAUUUGAUAUUAUCGUUAUCUCUUUUUUAUUAUCAACUUUUAUACAAUUUAUUUCACAAUAAAUUAGACUGUAUUGAUUUAAUAUAUAGUUCUGUUUUAUACUGAU